AUGGCGUCGUCAUUGUCAAGCGAAGUGUUUGAUAAAAUUGUUAAGGAAACUUUACGAGAAAAAUUCUCAAAUAUCGACAGAUUAAGCACAGAACAGUAUAAAGCGCUAUGGAAUUAUAUAAACCGUAAGGACGUGUUUGCUAUUCUGCCCACUGGUCACGGAAAAUCUCUAAUAUUUCAGUUAAUACCAGAAUUAUGCAGAUGAUUAAAUUUAAUACAUCUUCAAGUCUCAAGUGAACCAAUAUUACUUGUCAUAUGUCCAUUGAAUUCUCUAAUCGAUUCCCGCCUUAAAGACCUAGUGAAAUGCAGAAUUUCUGCAACAUGUUUGUCGAAUGAUGAACUGGAUGAACGUGGUAUACUUGCUGGAAAAUAUUCUAUAGUAUUUGCCAAUCCAGAAUCUUUGAUUAUGAAUGCAAAGUGGCAUGAGAUGCUGAGCACUGAAAUUUAUCAAAACAACUUGUUUGGAGUAGUGACUGACGAAGCACAUGUCAUUCCUAAAUGGUGAGUGUUGUGCAUAACUCUAUUUUACCUUCAAAAAGGCACAUCCAAAUAAUGUAGUAUCUUUUUACUUUUUUUAUUCCAACUUCAGAUUUUUACACUCUGUCCAAUGACUUCAAUGUUACUAACCGUAGUUGCACUAAAUGGCUAGUAGGUACUUUUCCAAAUAUAUUGGCUGAGUGGCAGGCAAUAAAUAUUUAUUUUCAAUGGCUUUCAUUGCCCUCCUUGAUUUAAAGCAAUUGUUUUGUUUGCACUUUAAUGAAACUUAGGAAAGUGCUUACAAUAAUAUGUAUAAAUACUUGGUUACUGUCAUUCUAUUUUGCAUUUUAUCCGACACACUGUACAGUCUUUGAGGAUACAGACUCGGCCUACACACAGUCAGGGUACUGAUGCUAUUGAUGUACAACUAUGAAUAAAUUUUGACUUUGUGACAUUUCUUUGGAAACAAUGUUGAUUUUGCCAUGGUAAAUAUAAACUGCACUCUAAUUUAGUUCAUGGGAAUAAGAUGCCUGGAGGUUUGAACAACCUGAUGGAGUUAUAAAUAAAAGUGGGCAAACAAUGUAUUUUUUGUUUAGGGGACAGAAUGACAAAAAAGAGAAACGUUUGGCAUUUAGAGAAUGUUUUGGAAGACUUGGAGAACUUCGAUCUAUCUUACCAGGGGCACCUGUUCUUGCGCUUACUGCAACUGUUACAAAGAAAAUUAAGAAGAAUGUGACUGAGUCGUUGAGCCUGAAAAAAGAUAUGGUUUUGAUUGAUGCUAAUCCCAACUGGCCAAACAUCUACCUCAGUGUUAAGAAAAUAUCAAAUGACUUGAAUUCAAGCUUUCAGUGGUUAGUGGAAAAAUUAAAGAAGGAAAUGAACACCAUGGAUAGAGUUUUGAUUUACUGUAAGACAAUUAAAGAUUGCGGUAGAAUUUUUACAUAUUUUAAAUGCAAACUUGGAAGUGAUGCCUACUACCCAGCAGGUACAGAACAAAUUUCAAUCAAUAUGCUUGUGGGCAUGUACCACCACUCAACCCUUCAAAAGCAUAAGGAGAGAAUUAUCAACUCUCUCCAUGACAUGCAAGGAGUUUGUAGAAUCAUUAUUGCCACUAAUGCACUAGGGAUGGGUGUUAACUUCAGAAACAUUCGAACAGUUAUCCAUUACGGGCCUCCAAGGCAAAUGGAUGAUUUUAUUCAAGAGAUUGGUAGAGCAGGGUGAGACAACCUGCCAGCUGUGUCCAUUCUAAUGUACAAUGGUAUGCUCCUUAGGAAGUGUGAUACACAGAUGAAAUUGUAUGCAUCUAAUAUCAAACGGUGUUUGAGAGAAAUUCUUCUUGCAGAAUUUGAGUCUCUAUUUACACCACAUGACACACCUCACAAUUGCUGUACUGUUUGUCAUAAAAUAGGUUCUUGUCUUCAGCCUGGACAAUGUAGUGUGAUUAUUGAAACUGACUUGGAUUUUCUCAUUUCGUCCUCACCAGAAGAGAGAUCGAGGGUUGUUACUGCACAACAAAAGCGGUCGCUUAGGGAGUUGUUGCUUGAAAUGAAACAGCAUAUCCAGUUGAAUGACAAAUCAUAUUACCUUUCCGCAGACAGUUCCACAGGAUUUACUGCGUCACUUAUUGAUCUUGUUGUCAAGAAUUGUAAGUACAUUUUUUUUAUAUUACAUCACUACAACAUUUCCUGUUUUCAAGAAAGAUCAUGCUGUUCAAAUUUUGCACAUAUUCAAAGAUGUGUUUGAUGACAUUGACAUUCCUGAAAUAGAUACAUAUGGGAGUGAAGCAGAUGGUGAAUUACUAACUAUGUAUAAUUUGGAAUAUGGUGGAGAAUACAUUCAAGAUACAGAGAAACUAAGUGAUUAUACAAGUGACAUUGAUGUUACUGACCUGUCAGUGAUGUCUGAUAUUGAUGAAUAA